UUUUAUUAAAUGCUAAUAUCAUUUUAUUUGUUAUAGUUGCAGAGAUAUGUAAAACAGAACUACUAGAGGGAACGUCCUGCACCCUAAAGCUGCCAACAACAAACACUGACAAAUCUAGUGAGAUCAAAUGGGUCCAUGGCAGCAGUAGUGCUGUCAUUCUGAGGAAAAAUAAUAAGAACAAAUUAAACACUCCAGGUCUAACACUGGAAGAAGAUGGAUCAUUAACAUUUAAAAGUGUUAGGCUGAACAACACUGGCAAAUAUACAUACAGUGUUUUUAAUGCUGAUGGUACACAGAUUGGUGCUGGAGAAAAGGAAAUUAACGUUUAUGCAAAGGCUCCUAAACCUACUGUGAAGAUCGACUGCAAAGGUGCUGACGCUACACUCACCUGUGACAUUAGAGACCGUACAGAUCUGACUGUCUCCUGGUAUAAAGAAGACAAUAUCAUCCAGACUGAAAACAACCCAAAACUGCUCUUGACAUCUGCUCAAGUACAGGAGAAUAAACCGUACUCAUGCAGU